UCACCGUAGAGCAUACUGUGCUCCCUGCCCAGCUUGCCCUGCUUCCUUCUUGCUGAGUGUUAUCCAAAACCCUUCCUAUCCUUACCCAUCCCUUUAAACCCUAAUCAGCUCCGACGCUCCGAGCCGUCUACUGUUUUCAGAAGUGAUGGCAUCAACUUUCACAGCAAUGUCUUCAAUUGGCUCUUUUGCGGCCCCUGGGUGCCGAGUGACAGAUAGGAAGCUUUCCUCAUCUGCCUCUAUUUCUUCAUUUUCCUUUGGUAGGAGGCGUAAUUUACUUAUAAGGAGAAAUCGAUCUCCCAUGAUUUCUGCCAUGGCAAAGGAGUUGCACUUCAAUAAAGAUGGGUCAGCUAUUAAAAGAUUGCAAAGUGGUGUUAACAAGCUUGCAGAUCUUGUUGGAGUCACACUUGGCCCUAAGGGGAGGAAUGUUGUACUGGAGAGCAAGUAUGGCUCCCCCAAAAUUGUUAAUGACGGAGUGACUGUGGCCAAAGAGGUUGAAUUGGAGGAUCCAGUGGAAAACAUUGGUGCCAAGUUGGUGAGACAAGCGGCUGCCAAGACAAAUGACUUGGCUGGUGAUGGAACCACUACGUCUGUUGUUCUUGCCCAGGGUCUUAUUGCAGAAGGUGUCAAGGUUGUAGCAGCUGGUGCCAACCCUGUACUAAUCACUCGUGGCAUUGAGAAGACAACAAAGGCUCUUGUAACUGAGCUAAAACAGAUGUCCAAAGAGGUUGAGGAUAGUGAAUUGGCAGAUGUGGCAGCAGUAAGUGCAGGAAAUAACUAUGAAGUAGGUAAUAUGAUAGCCGAAGCAAUGAGUAAGGUUGGUAGGAAGGGUGUUGUGACACUUGAGGAAGGAAAAAGUGCAGAUAACAGUCUUUAUGUUGUUGAGGGGAUGCAAUUCGACCGUGGAUAUAUCUCACCUUACUUUGUUACUGAUAGCGAGAAAAUGGCCGUUGAAUAUGAAAACUGCAAGUUGCUAUUAGUUGAUAAAAAGAUAACAAAUGCAAGGGAUCUGAUUAACAUUCUGGAAGAGGCUAUUAGAAAUGGAUUCCCAAUUUUGAUUAUAGCAGAGGACAUUGAACAAGAGGCUUUAGCAACUCUUGUUGUGAACAAACUUAGAGGAGCAUUGAAGAUUGCAGCCCUUAAGGCCCCUGGAUUUGGAGAGCGAAAGAGCCAGUACCUUGAUGAUAUUGCCAUCUUGACCGGAGGUACUGUAGUCAGAGAUGAGGUUGGCCUUACUUUAGACAAAGCUGGAAAGGAAGUUUUGGGUCUAGCCUCCAAGGUGGUUCUUACUAAAGAUACUACAACAAUUGUUGGUGACGGGAGCACCCAGGAAGCUGUAAACAAGAGGGUUGCACAGAUUAGAAACCUAAUUGAGGCUGCGGAGCAGGAGUAUGAAAAGGAGAAGCUUAAUGAAAGAAUUGCGAAAUUGUCUGGUGGGGUGGCUGUGAUACAGGUUGGAGCACAGACAGAGACUGAGCUCAAAGAAAAGAAAUUGAGAGUUGAAGAUGCUCUAAAUGCUACAAAGGCUGCUGUUGAGGAAGGUAUUGUAGUUGGUGGUGGAUGCACGCUGUUAAGACUUGCAUCUAAGGUGGAUGCUAUCAAGGAGGGCCUUCACAAUGAUGAGGAAAAAGUUGGCGCAGAUAUUGUGAAAAGAGCUCUUAGUUACCCCCUAAAAUUAAUCGCCAAGAAUGCUGGUGUAAAUGGUAGCGUGGUCAGUGAAAAGGUUUUGUCCAGUGAUAAUCCACGAUAUGGAUAUAAUGCUGCUACCGGAAAAUAUGAAGAUUUAAUGGCUGCUGGGAUCAUUGACCCAACAAAGGUGGUCAGAUGUUGCCUGGAACAUGCAGCCUCUGUGGCCAAAACUUUCUUAAUGUCGGACUGUGUGGUUGUUGAGAUUAAAGAGCCCGAGCCUGUACCUGCUGGCAACCCUAUGGACAAUUCAGGGUACGGCAUCUGAGGAGCAAUGUGGCCGCAACCUGGGGACGAGAGCACCUUUUUUUUUUUUUUGAAAAAGAAAAUUUUGUAAUCACUUUUGGUACAGCGGCUGCUUAGGGUGGUGCGUAUGGAUGGAACGAUGUCUUGGAAUUUUUUCCGGAGUUGAUUACUAGUUUUUGCUUAUUUUUCGGGUGGACGUGUUCUGCCGGAAAUCAUUAAACGUUA